UUGAUCAACCAAUUUGUAUUAGACUUCAUGCACUUGCUGUAUUUGGGAAUUAUGAAAAAAACUAUUACACUAUUGGAUAGAUGGAAAUGUGAAAAAGGUGAAGCUAACUGGUCCUGCUAAGAUGCAAUUAUCAAAUUUACUACAAAAAAUAAAAGUACCUGCUGAAUUUCAACGAACGACUAGAUCACUAACAGAGUUUCAUAAAUUCAAAGCCACUGAAUACCGAUUUUUGUUGUUAUAUGCAGGACCUGUUGUCUUUAAAAAAAAUUUACGAACUGACGUCUAUAGACAUUUAUUACUCUUUCAUACUGGUAGCAGAAUAUUAUCGUCUAAAGAAUUAGCCGUGGAUAAAUGCGAAUCAGCUAGAUUGUAUUUGAAGAAAUUUGUGACGAAAGCGCCAUUUAUAUAUAACAAAGAAUUUGUGGUUGGAAUUGUCCAUAAUCUAAUCCAUCUUGCAGAUGAUGUUGAAAAUAUGAACUGUUCUCUGUCUAAUAUUUCUAGUUUUCCAUUUGAAAACACUCUAGGAAGAAUGAAACGACUUAUUCACAAUGGAAAUAAGCCUCUCUCCCAAUUAUGCCGUCGAUGGAAUGAAAUCUCUCAUAGUUGGAAUGAAAAAGCGGAUAUUCCACCUACAAUCCAAAUUACUAGACAAUUAAUAUCAAAAGAAUUAGAGAGGAAAAUACCAAUUAAAAGAGUUCAGUAUAAAGAGGCGCUUUUAUCCACUACAUUUCCGAACAAUACAGUUUUAUUGAAUAGUAAUGAAAUCGUACAAGUGUGUAGUAUGUGGAUAUCCCCAAACGAUGACGUAAAUUAUAUCGAAAUUACAGGAAAGAUAUUAAGGAAAAGAAAGGCACUUUAUUCGUAUCCUUGUAAUUCUCACCAUCUCCAAAUGUGGAAUGUCAGCGGUAGAAUUACGGAUAAUAUAAUAUUUAAAAUUACCGAUAUUAAAAAAAAAAUGGUCCUAUUUGAUUUCAGCGAUAGUGUUGGAGAAAAAAUUUUAGUAAUGCCUCUACUUCAUAUGUGAAGUACGUGCUA